GACAGGUGGUAAUGACAACAACUUCAGGCUUGACAACUUUAGGGGGCCAGCAGCUCAUGACACAACUUGUACCAGGUCAGGCCAUGCAAGGACAGGUUGUCCACCAAGCCCCAGCUGCCAUAGGUCAUGGUGCAACAGCUACCACUGGUCUGACUCAGGGUCAGAUUAUGAAUGCACAGACAGUGACAGGUGUUCAGCAAGUGGUGCAGGGCCAACAAAUACAGACAGUCAACCAUCAAGUGGCCCAGCCUACCAUGGUUGCUGCAGCAACAGCAGCAGCCCCAGCACCUACCCCACAGCCUACUGCCACACCUACUGCCACAACAGUUAAGGCAACAGGUCCAAAUCAAGCUGUUCCAGCACCCACAGCAUCAAACAAUGCUACAGCAGACACAACUGCCCCAGUCUUGAAUAAACAAAGAAUCACUGAACUAGUCAGGGAAGUUGACCCAAAUGAACAGUUGGAAGAGGAAGUUGAAGAAAUGCUUCUUGCAAUUGCUGAUGAUUUUAUUGAGUCCACAGUCAAUGCAGCUUGUCGUCUGGCAAAGCACCGAGGAGCACGUUCACUUGAUGUCAAAGAUGUGCAAAUGUACCUAGAACGUAAACUGCACAUGUGGUUGCCAGCUUUGGAACAGAUGAGUUCGACCUUACAAAAGGGCACCGACACAGAAGCCCACAAGCAGAGGCUAGCACUCAUUAGAAAGCAAUUAAGAAUAUUGAGCUUUAAUUGUGAAAAUCAAUGUUUCAAAAAACAGGUAAAAGGCAAAGUUUCCUUCUGCGGCUGCCCCAAUCAUUUCCGUCUCGUCACAGUUACAUCUGGAAACCAAGCUAAAGCAUUACCAACUCUGACUAUCUUCACUGGCAAACCCAUUCCAGCCGAACCUCAUCCCACCCUCAAUACUUGUAUCAGAACUGUCUCCAUCUCCCCAACAAACUGCCCUGUCUAUGACAAAAAAUGGUCAGAUUGUAAAGAAGACUUACUGGCCUGCUUCAUGGACUAUCAUGCAGUAUCAGUACAAUGCUACAUUACUCCCCCUAGAAACCCUUAUAAGAACACCACCAACAUUGCCAAGAUCACUUUCCGUAGACAAGACCUCCCCUUUAAUUUUUACAUUGGUGGAGAAUCCCUGUCCAAUCAUAUCAACCAUAUUACAUUCCCACUUGUACCCCUUAUCUCCCCUAGUCACAUUCUUUUGCCAUUCUAA